UGUAGUGUGUAUGUGUGUGGUGUGAUAAUGUAUGAUUGUGUGUGGUGUGUAGGUGUGUGGUGUGUAGUGUGGCUGUUGUGUGUGUUGUAUGAGAAUGUGAGUGUGUCUGGUAUGUGAGUAUGACUGUCACAUGAGAAUGUGGCUUUGUAUAUGAUGUGUAUGUGUAUGUGUGAUUCUGCUUGCUUGUGUGCGUGCAUGCAUGUGGGGGGGGCAGUGGGUGGGGCUUUGUGUGGUGUUUGAGAAUGUAGUGGAGGGCACUGACUGAUCAGAAGAAACACAGCCCAGGCCCCACAGUAGGUCCUGGAGGUCCCAGGUAUUAACCCAGAUGUUUACUUGCUAGAUUCUGCUGUGGUCUGGAGAGGGGUAGAGUGGCAGAAAUCUCAAGAAAAGCCAAAGCUGGGCCUUGUCACCUAGGAGAGCCUCAAGAUUUAGAGGUUUUGUUUUGUUCAUUUUGAAGUCUGGCAAAUAGAUGGAUACUUACAAGGAAGGCUUUUCAAAAAGGAUUAAACAUAAAAAGAGUUACAGUUAACUUAUAGUUAGGCAGAAAAAUUGCACUUAUCCCAAAAUGAAAGCUCUUUUACUUGCCCAUGAAUUAUAGUCUGGAUUGUCAUUGCUUAGUGGUAUCAAGAAGAGUGACAUUAUUCAAAUGGCACAAAUAUCAUCUGGUGGUGGUGAACAAAGCCGGUGCCUUCUUUUUGCUCUGGGUUCAGAGAUGGGCAGUGAGAAGGAGCAGAGUCCAGAACCACACCUGCCUGAGGAAGGGGAAGGGGGUAAGCCUUGGAGAGUGGAUGACUCAGAGGGUUCUUGGAGCCCACCUGGGGAGAAGGAGCAUGGGCAAGAGAGCCUGUUGGAUGAACUGCAAGAAACUCAUCCAAAAAAACCGUGGCAGAAAGUCACUGUCCCGGCUCGAGAGCCAAGGGAUCCCAUUGCUCAUCCAAGGCAUGAGGCAGAUGAGAAGCCCUUUAUAUGUGCCCAGUGUGGCAAAACCUUCAAUAAUACCUCCAACCUGAGAACACACCAGCGGAUCCACACUGGUGAGAAGCCUUACAAGUGUUCUGAAUGUGGCAAGAGCUUCUCAAGAAGCUCCAACCGCAUCCGGCACGAGCGGAUCCACCUGGAAGAGAAACACUACAAAUGCCCCAAGUGUCAGGAGAGCUUUCGGCGGCGCUCAGACCUCACCACACACCAGCAAGAUCACCUAGGCAAGCGGCCAUACCGCUGUGACAUCUGUGGCAAGAGCUUCAGCCAGAGCGCCACACUAGCUGUGCAUCACCGGACCCACCUGGAGCCAGCGCCCUACAUCUGCUGUGAGUGUGGGAAGAGCUUCAGCAACAGCUCCAGCUUUGGCGUGCAUCACCGCACCCACACAGGUGAGAGACCUUAUGAGUGCACCGAGUGUGGGCGGACCUUCAGCGAUAUCUCCAACUUUGGAGCUCACCAGAGGACCCACAGAGGGGAGAAGCCCUACCGGUGCACUGUGUGUGGGAAACACUUCUCCCGGAGCUCGAAUCUCAUCCGCCACCAGAAAACUCACUUGGGCGAGCAGGCUGGGAAAGAUUCCAGCUGAAGGAGAGCCCCAUUUAGAGUGAGGGAGAGAGAGCGAGAGACCCCAACCUAUUGGAGGAAGAUCUUUAGCAUCUGCUGCUGCUACCUGGACCUCAAGCCCUUCAUCCCACUUUGGAGAAUGGUUUUGUAUUGCCUCUGAAGUCAGGAUCUCAGGAAGUCCUGAUAAGGGACUCUGGAGUAAAAACCCUUGCCUCUUUCCAGGCCAAUUUCUCAUGCUGAAAAGUCAGAGGACCCAGUCUUGGCUUCACUUUCUUGGGGUGAAAGAGAAUUAGGGUAGGCUCAGAACAUGCUCGUGUCAUUAAGGCAGCAGUCCCCUGGCCUUUGAGGAAGUACCUAUGAGAUGGGUGUCACUAUCUGAAGGUUCUCCAAAUUGUCUGUGAACUUGCUUAGGUAGGAGUGCACUGCAGUGUCCUGCUAGUUCCCACCUAUUGUGCCCCAACUUUGCUUCUAGAUCUCUGGGCUGGGAGGAGUGACCUUCUCAAUGGAAGGGGCCUCCUUGGUCUGGAGAAGAGAUCUGAGGUCCUGCCUUAGAAAUGAAAGGGACACCCUCAGGGAGCCAUGACCCAGGGACCUUCACACUCCCCGAUGUUUGUUACUUGUUAUCCCUCCCUCAACCUCCCCAACCUGCCUCUGUUUUCCCCAGAGUGAUUAGCAGUAAAACCCUUCAAUGAAAA